GCGGCCAGCACGAUACAAUUCUUGCGGUGAGAACCAUGGGAUUAAGCCACCCAGUCCAGAACAGUACCUGACCCCUCUCCAACAAAAGGAAGUUACAGUGAGGCACCUGAAAACAAAACUGAAGGAAUCAGAGAGCAGACUUCAAGAAAGAGAAAGCGAAAUCAAGGAACUUAAAUCACAACUGGCACGCAUGCGGGAUGACUGGAUUGAAGAAGAAUGUCAUCGUGUGGAGGCCCAGCUUGCCUUGAAAGAAGCUCGGAAGGAGAUAAAGCAACUCAAGCAGGUCAUUGAAACGAUGAAAAAUAGCUUGGCUGAGAAAGACAAAGGGAUUCAGAAGUAUUUUGUGGACAUCAACAUCCAGAACAAGAAAUUGGAGUCUUUGCUUCAGAGCAUGGAAUUGGCCCAAAGCGGCUCUUCUCGUGAGGAUCAGAGCUUAGAAUAUGAAUGUGACUUGUCACCUGACAAGUCUUUCAGCAUGAGUACAACUUAUUCCAAGACAGAAGACAGCAUGUUCACAGAGAACCAUUCAGUGGAGGCAGAUAGUGGUGUACUGCUCAGUGAUGAUAUUGUGAAUGGGAAUGACAUCUUUGAAGAAACCAUGUUUGCUACCACUCCUGAAUUUGGUCACCCGACUCUUUUUACAUCUUCUACGUUCAAUCACCUGGAUCUUGUGCAAGGCGUAAGCAACUCCCAAGUAGAAGAUGAUAAUUAUAGUGAAGCCAUGGAACAAGCUGUUCAGGCUGAUGUAUUGCUGUACAGGUCAGGCGUGGAGCAGCUGAUUGAGAACAUAUUCAAGACACAAGAUGUUUGUCCAAUCAACCCAUCUCCAGUUUUGGUGGAAUCCAGUGUAUCUUGCCCUGAAAAUAUCUCAGACUUGCUUGUGGAUUUGACACCAACAGAUCCAAAUUCUGCUAUCCUCUUAUCUCCAUUGGAACCCAUGCCCAGGGCCAUGGAUUCUCGAUAUUACAAAAACCGAGUCAUGAAGGAACUUGAUUUCAUAGACUAUCACACCACAACCCUUGGAAAUGUGACAAAGUUGUCCGAGGGGAACAUUGUCAAAAGGUAUUGGAGCAGCAACUUCCUCAUAGAUCUGUUGGCCAUUGGUGCCCCCAUUGUGCCGACAAUCAUGUGGAUGUUUAGUACUAGGAGGGGAGGAACAAUUCCAAUCUUCACUUUUGGAGCAUUGUUUCGUGGCUGCUGCCUGCUGGCCUUAAAUUCUCUUCGUCAUGAACCAGUUAUUCUUCAACGUUAGAUGUCACUGUCUUGAAUGGUGUGCCAAGAGAUUGUAUUCUGGUGGAUAUAUAGUGAGGCCAUUAAACAAAAAAAAGUGGUGUGCAUCAUGGUGAAUCUGCCUGUUUUGCUCCUAAUUUUGAUUUGCACUAUAUUUAAUUGAGAACAUGUUUGUUGUUUGAAAUUGAAGGCAAACUAUUGAUGGCAUGGAGACAUGUUUCCAUUAAGUGUAUACACAAGUGCAUUUAUAGCGCAUGAUCAGCACUUUCCAUCCCGUGGUCAGAUGUAUGGAUUGUGAUACCAAAUAUUUUCUGAUGUGAGGGUCAGGUUCAUUCUUUCAAAGGCAGCAUAUAUAGUCCCAGCAUGUGUUGUCUACGCUUCUUAAUGGCACAAUUGUGAUGCAGUCACGCUCGCAUUCCAUUCAUCUUGUGUACCCAGGGAUCAUAACCAAAUCUGCCCCCCCAACUUAGUGUAUUCAUGUAGAUGGGUGGGAAUCUUGAAUUGUGUUAUUUUGUUUAUAAAUAUGGCUGUGAAUAUAUUUUACUGAGAUUUGUCUGAAGUCCUAAAUGAAGUCUUACUGGAAGUGUAAUGUUAAUCUAUGAAGGAAUAUUUUAAAUGUGUGAUGUAUUAACUUAUUUUUCCUCUUGUUUAAUAAUCUUUUCAAAAACCCUUUGAAUCACAUGUAAAUAAAGCAUGCUGAAACUGAA